AUGAACUGGUAUCGUAACAUCACUUCUCUGUUACUACAAGUUAUCACACUUCUAUUCUGCUUCUGUGGAUUAAUAUACGGACAAAACGUUACUGCAGUUAUUAGCACUGAGUAUGGACCAGUCCGAGGGCUUAGGCAUUCCUUAAAGAACGGUAACAUUGCAGUGAAGUUUCUAGGUAUACCUUAUGCAACGGCAUCGAGAUUCGAACGUCCUAGAAACCCUGCCAAGUGGACGCAAACCCUGGAUGCGGUCAACCCUAAAGUGUGUCCUCAGACAGGGGAGCAAGUUGUUGACGAGAAUUGCCUGACGUUGAAUGUUUACAAGCCUUCCGCCACACGGAACAGCUCCCUACCAGUACUGGUGUUCAUUCACGGCGGCGCAUUCAUGCGAUUUAGCGCGCACGAGGAUGACCCAAGUCUACUUGCCACAGAGCAGGGUAUCAUGGUCGUAACGAUCAACUACAGGCUAGGAAUUCUAGGCUUUCUCUGCUCUGGUGACAUCAAAGAGAAUUUAGGCUUACUGGACCAGAUAUAUGCCUUAAAAUGGGUUCAAAACAAUAUAGAAAGAUUUGGUGGAGACCGUAGCCAGGUGACGAUAGGUGGUCUAUCCGCUGGAGGUGAGAGUGCGUCGAUACUAAUGUUGUCUCCCCUGGCAACCGGGCUAUUCACCGGUGUAUUCGCUAUGAGCGGCACGCCCGUGCCCACCCUAGAAGGGAGAAAGGAUGUCGAGACUGCUGCCAGGCGUGUAGCGGAAGUGCUUGGUUGUAUUGAUGUUGGCCAGCGGAUCACCGAUUGCCUUCGAGAGAAAUCCACCGCUGAAAUAGUGUCGGCGAUGCAGAACGUCUCUAUGAAAUUUGCGCCCUGUGUGGAUGGUCAUGUGAUCCCUAGUACUAGCGCUCUUGGUGAGAGUAGAGAAUUGAAGAAGCUGAAUGUUAUGAUGGGUGCUACGAACGAUGAGGGUAGCUUCCAGCUUCACGUCUCUCCAGACCUUAGCAGACAGGACCUUGAUCACGGGAUCAGUCGGCAGACAUUCACGCAAUACAUACGCAACCAAACCUGGAUAACUGGUCAAACCAACCAGGUAUCUCAUGCCAUAGAGCAGGUCUACACUGAUUGGUCAAAUGAGGACAAUGCUAAUAAGACACGUGAAAGUUUAGUGGACGUCAUUACGGAUCACUGGAUUGUGGUGCCAACAGUUACUACCCUACGCGCAUGCGCUAAGGCUGGUGCUAGAACAUUUUUCUAUUUCUUUGAAAAAAAGCCUCCAGUGGAAAGAAAAAUAAAAGGUAUAACUCAAGCCCCUGGAUGGUUCAGGGCAACACACGGCGCUGAUAAUAGCUAUUUGUUUGGAGGAGAUUUAGACAUGACUUGGGUCAAUGACAGCCUGAAGGCAGACAGGGAAUUUGCCAAACGUUUUAGGACUUUUAUUGCAAACUUCGUGAAAACAGGAGACCCAAAUGGCGCAACCGUACCCACUUGGCCCCAGUUCACCCCCGUUCAUCAGCAGUACGUAAGCAUGGAUUCGCAGAUUUCACUCGGAUCCAAUCUACGCGCGGAUAAAGUCCAUUUCUGGAACAAGUUCCUUCCCUCUCUGACGUCUUCAGAUCCGCCUUCUCAGGAGCCUCCAACCGACAAACCCGAGCAUCACGUGAAGAGGCGUGAUAAAGUUGUGAUCGCCCUGGCGUUAACAUCCGUCAUCUUUAUCGUGGUCGCCAUCUUGCUCUUUAUUAUGCUUCUCUACACCUGUAUCAAGACAAUCAGACUUGCGCGCGUGGCUAAAGGGGGAUACUCCGCUGAACUAGUGGAGAAAGACGGUAAUACCGAGACCACUUAGAAACCAGAACCUUAGCAACGUGAUGGCUAGCAACGGCAAAGGAAUGGCUUUGAAGUGGGCUUUGUGGUCCCUAAAAGCUGCUUUGGGUGCGCUCUUCCAAAUGGGGUUUAACCCCGACGCUAGAGUUUUAAAGCCGCAUUGUCACCAGUUUACUUCCGGCCGAUUACCUAACAAUAUCCGAAGAUUUUUAACGGAAAAUGCGAAAAAUAUUUCAAAAUAUUGAAAGCAGUGUGUCUAUUGGAAGUUUCUUUGAGGAUGUGAUUGAUAUUUUAGAGCGGAUGGCCUGUUAAAUAUCUCGGAUUCUAAUAGAUUCUUUUGUCUUUUAACGGUUGAGGUUUCCGUCGGACCUCCGAAAGUAAAUUGGUGACAAUGCGGCUUUAAAUAAGUUUUUUGUACAGUAUUUUUUUAUUGCCAGUUUUAAUUGUGAGAAUAAUAUAUGCAGAAAACAUGUAAGUUUGUAUGUAAGUUAUAAGCAGAAACCGAUGGUUUUAACUGGUAAUAUUAAGUCUUAAUGUUAA